GUAGGGAAACAUCGAUCACAAUCCAAGAUGGAGAGCGCAAACGCUGGACAUAUGAUGAGCUUAGCGGCUCUGCAAAGACAAGACCCAUACAUCAACAAGCUGCUCGAUGUCACCGGACAGGUGGCUCUUUACAACUUCAACUCCAAAGCGAAUGAGUGGGAGAAAACUGAAAUCGAGGGCACCCUGUUUGUUUACGCCAGGUCUGCCUCUCCUCAUCAUGGCUUCACCAUCAUGAAUCGAUUAAGUACAGAGAACUUGGUGGAGCCGAUCAAUAAAGACCUAGAGUUCCAGCUGCAGGAUCCCUUCUUGCUUUACAGGAACGGCAACUUGGGUAUUUAUAGCAUUUGGUUCUACGACAAGAGAGACUGUCAACGCAUCGCUCAGCUGAUGGUCAAAAUUGUAAAGCAAGAAGCGGACCACGCUCAGAGAAAGUCACCUGAGAGAACAGAGCCGGGCAGAACCAACGGCCUGGCAGAACCCAGGUCCAUCGACAUCCUGGAGCUGCUCAGCAAGGCCAAGGAGGAGUACCAGAGAUCUCAGACCGGUGAACCUGACGUGUCAGCAGGACAUCAUGUGAAAGCAGCUCUUGGCGCUGCAGAGCGCGUCCACGGCUCGUCUCAGCCUGAGAGGAGCUCUCAGCCGGGGGUGAAGCAGAUCACUGUCGAGGAGCUGUUUGGCACGUCCCUCCCGAAGGAGCCGCCUGCUCACAGCGGCUCCGCCCCUCGAGACCCCGCCUCCGCCGCUUACAUCCAGAAACCGCCGUAUCCCGCCGCGGCGCACCAGAGCCCCCGUUUCAUCCCCCAGGACUCGGCCCCCGGCCUGCUGCCGGCCCCCUUCGCCGUCCACCCCGGAGCCGUGUUCCGCCCGGGGGCCCCCUUGCCGGACCCCCGCUGCUCCGCCUCGCCGCUCAUGGCCGCUCCGGAGCAGCGCCCCCCGCCCGCAGGGCCUCCGGCGGCCUUUCUGGGACAGGAGAUCCUCAACACGCUCAAACAGGCGGCGCCGCCCACAAACGCAGACGUCGGCAAACCAAUCCUGGCGCCCAGUUUCCUGCCGAGCACACUGGUUCCACCCCACAGCUUCCACGAGCCCAUGGGCAAACCCCUUGUCCCGCACGGCAAGGAGAUGGAUGUUUUCUCUCAGCCUUCGAGCCUGAUCAAAACUAUUCCUGCCGCCGCCAUGAGUCCAGCUCUCACUGUUCCAGGGUCAGAGGUCUCCUUGCUCCUCUCCCCCAGUGCCUUCCAGCAGUCCAUCACUAAGGCAGCGGCAGCGGCGGCAGCCCCCCCUCCCGCCCCCUCCGAGCCCCCCUACCCCUCCGCAGGAGGCGUGGAGCCUCCAGCGGCCCCCUGCAGUAAAACCCAGCUGCAGGAGACUCUGAUCCACCUCAUUAAGAAUGAUGCAAACUUCCUCAGUGCCAUCCACGACGCCUACCUGCAGAGUCUGUCCAAAGACUUCAGCAGCAUGAAGCUGUAGUCCUCCUUCCACCGCUGGAACCAGGAGCACCACGUAGAAGCGAGGCACUGAAGUGGGUCUGGAGAGCUCCACACGCCGCAGCUCCUCUGAACCAGCGUUCUCAUAUGCAUGGCAUUAUUAACUCCCGAUGCUGAACCAGGACCAGAUCCUCUGCUGAGAGCGACCCACUUCUCCCACCUCGGCCUUGAACGCUGUUGAGCUACAGACUGCGUGUUGGCAGAGUUCAGCUGUGGGAAUGGUUUUAUUCUCUGGAGGACGGGACCACCGAGGAGCAGCCGCCCCGACCCCGACCCUGACCCCGACCCCGACCCCGGCCCUCAGAGUGACCAGGUUUUAGUUUGCGGGGUUCGCAGCUCGUCUGCUGGCAGAGAGGGACCACAGAGAAAACACCGACUGCCCAGAAAGACCGAGACGUCCAGGCCGAGGACCUCGCUGUCCUUUCAGCGUCACGUUGAAAUUAACUCAGUAUUUUCCGUUUUGCUCGUUUUUCAUUUAUGGAACCUCAAGCUGAAGCCUGGAUAUUUCCGGUGAAGCCACGGAGAAGCCGAGGAGUCGUUACUUUUUGUGUUUGGGAGAAGUGUUGUCAAGGUUUUUUUUUUGUUUUGUUUUUGUUUUUUUUUUUGUCUGCCCUCAUUGUGGGAGAAUAACUUGUAAUUCUUUUGAGAAGCACUUGCAGCGAAGAACCU